CUCCAUCGCGCAGACAUGUCGUGCUACGAUCUGUGCCGUCCCUGUGGCCCAACCCCGCUGGCCAACAGCUGCAACGAGCCCUGUGUGAGGCAGUGCCAGGACUCCCGCGUGGUCAUCCAGCCCUCUCCRGUGGUGGUCACCCUGCCCGGACCCAUCCUCAGCUCCUUCCCGCAGAACACCGCCGUGGGAUCCAGCACCUCCGCUGCUGUUGGCAGCAUCCUCAGUGAGGAGGGAGUCCCCAUCUCCUCCGGGGGCUUUGGCCUCUCCAGCCUGGGUGGUCGCACCUUUACAAGAAGGUGCCUGCCCUACUAA